AUGUCAACUGCAACAACGACCGGAGCUAUGGCAACUACCACAGGUUGUGGAACCGCAGCGCAAUACGAAAUUCCAGUCAAAGAUGCAUCAUGUGGAGUUCCCAACACCGACAAGUACAAAGGACUCCUUUCAAAAUGCGCGAAGCCCGCAGGGGUAACUUCCUAUAACGACGACUGUGCUCUCUACGCUCUAGCCGUUGAUCAGUCAAUUCAAGAUCUUACCGACUGCCUCUACGGCGCUGGUGUCGCUUGGAAGGACGUGUGGUGCCACGGAGAAACCAAUGCCACCGCAACAGCAACCUCGUAUCCGACUGCAUCGGAAACGGAAACCGCUUCGAAAACAUCUGCCGACAAGACAUCAACAGGUACCUCGACGGAAACUGCAGCGACAAGCACCAGUACCAGCUCUGGGGCGGAUGUCUCUGUGCCUAAGGUGCAUGUCAGUUUGAAGGCUGUUAUGCUGCUUUCAACUCUGUUUGCCUCUGCCUUGUUCGUCGGUGUCUGA